AUUCAUUCACUUAAGGCAGAGCUACUUGCAAAGUUAACUCAGAGUGAUCAGCUCUAUUUGCCAAAGGACCAUCACCUUUUCUUCUAGGUGUUUGCUGAGACAACCUUUUGAGAAGAAGUUUUUAAACUAACUCAGAAUACACAAUGAACGUUUUGAUUUCUGUUUUGGGGGUGAUUCUCACUUUCUGUCAGAUUGGGAGGAAUCCUGUUAGCGCUGGGAUGUGCUGGCUGCAGCAGAGUCAAGAUCAAAGGUGCGACAUGGUGCUGAUGAGAGGGGUGACCAGGGAGGAGUGCUGUGCCGGGGGACGCCUGGACACAGCAUGGUCCAACACCAGCCUGCCCAUGAAUGAAGUCAGCCUGCUGGGCUUCCUGGGUAUUGUCUCCUGUAAACCAUGCAAAGAGACAUGUGAGGAAGUCAGAUGUGGUCCCGGGAAGGUUUGCAAGAUGAAGACAGGAAGACCUCAGUGUGUUUGCUCUCCAGACUGCUCUCACAUUACCCGGAGGCAUCCUGUGUGUGGCAGCGAUGGGAAGACAUAUAAGGAUGAGUGUUCUCUGCUUAUGGCACGCUGUAUGGGACACCCGGACCUUGAGGUCAUGUACCAUGGAGAGUGCAGAAAGUCGUGCUCCAGUGUUGUGUGUCCAGGAACUCACACCUGUGUGACCGACCAGACCAACAGUGCUCACUGCGUCAUGUGCCGCACUGCACCUUGCCCAAUACCCAUGCCGUCUGAGCACCGUAUCUGUGGUAAUGACAACGUCACUUACCCAAGCGCCUGCCACCUCCGCCGGGCUACCUGCUUCCUCGGCCGCUCCAUAGGAGUCCGCCACUAUGGCCACUGCAACAGUCCACCUCGGAAAUUUCACAUCUUGGAUGGCAGUGAGGAAAACGCAGUCUAGAUGGUCGAUUCCUGACGCAGCCCCUUUUUGCAGGAUAUGACCUGAUCAUAAAACAUUUUUGCUCCACUAGCUUCCCAUAAGGAACUUUUUUUUGACAAUCACUACCCCCUCCCCCCUUUCUACAUAUUAAUGGUAGAUGUGAUAUGAGACACUUCUGUUGGAAGAGAGGUGUUUAAUAACACACACAUGCCUCUAAAAAGCUAUUUUUGUUAACUAUGUUUCAGUUUGGAAAGUGGAGGCAGAUGAAUGCAUUUGUCAUGAGACAGAUAUAUCUCAUGAGCUCUUUGGGAGAUGUGUGCAUAUUGUAAAUAGAAUACCAGUACUAUUUAUUGGAGAAGGUAUUAAAACUCUAUUUAUGUUUUUUAGCCUGGUAAAAAAAAAAGUUGAAAGUCAAAGAAAAAACAAAAAUAGUAUACCCUAUGAAAGCUCUUUGUGGCGGGGCGUGGCCUGCGGUGCUGUGCAGGGAAGGUGGACGCACCUGCAUGGCAUCGCAGGCCACGCCAUGCCACACUCAUGCAAAAAAAAAAAAAAAGUAUUUAUUGUUUGUUUGUUUUUUUAAUGUACAUAUAUAUAUAUAUAUAUAUAUAUAUAUGAAGUCACUGGGUUUGGCAUUUUACAAAUAUUUUACAGUUUUAAAGGCUCCAUUCCCCACAAACAAACAUUUUCCCUCAAGUUAAUGGAAAGCAAAGCUAAUUUUUUCGAAAGCUGAUGCUAUUUUGUAGUCUGUUGAUGUGGUUUCAAUUCACCACAAACAACAACGUGGCAACUACAGUUCAGCUGCAUAUACUUCAUUUAGGGUGGUGAGGACGGGGUUCAGUCUAAACAAAUCUGUAUAGUCUCUAUUCCCCCCACACACAUGUUUACUCUGAAGGCCAAACUCUUGGCCACCCGCUGAUCACCGAAAUUAACAGUUUUGUUGUGUUUCUGGGAGUCUCAGAAGGCUGUUGGUACAACCCAGAGCCCUCUACAAUACCUCCUCUGUUGAAUGCUUUUUUUUGUUUUGUAAAAUAUUUUUUGUACGUCAUGCAAGUUAGUUCUGAUGCUGUUUUGCUGCUUUGAUUUGUUUUGAAUUUUUUUUUUGUUUAAAUAACUUACAGGACAGACAAAUGUAAUUAGCAGCGCCUGACUUAAAGGAAAAUUAAAUUUGUCUGGGAAUGAAGUACAAUUUGGACCAAUUGAAAAUACCUGAUUAUAUUGCCAUCAGAGUCAAUCUGCCAUAAUACUGCACACAUCUACACAAGUAAAAGUAGUCAAGUGAUCCAAUUCAACAUAUUAAACUCAAAGCAGAUGCCUGGAUACUCUAAACAGCCUUGAUAGUGUACUUUGAAACAUGUUAACUUUCCUUCUGUAAAUAACAAUCUCAAGUGUACCACCUACCCGUGUACCUACUGUGAACUUUGAAUGACAAAUGCAUCAACAUAUUUUUGUAUUUUUGUACUGCCGUUGUAAAGCAACUUAAAGUUUCAUGUGUCACAGUGCGUCUUCUUUCUUUAGAAAUCAAAAUAAUUGUUCUUUUCCCAGCUGCCUUGUUAUACCUUGUUAUUGCCUCAAUUGUAAUUUAAUAACAAUACUUUAGCAUGUGAAACAGCAUCUGACAUGUAUUUGAUGAUAUAUAAAUUUUUCUUAACUGUGUCACAGUCUUAAUCACUUUGGCCAAAUGAGAUCAUACUUGCACCCUUAAAUGGAACUCAUCAGCUGGGGUUUAGGGUGGUGGAUCAGGCUCCAGCAGCCAGACAGAGGUUGCCAGUUUAUGUGUGCCGUGGUUAGGCCUCGUCUUCUGUGCGUGCAGUGGGUGAGUUGCCUUUCUGACAUCCCUCGCAAGGCCUCAUGCGAGAGGAAAGAGAGAAUGAAAUCCAGCCUGUCCAGCUUUCCUCACGUCUCCUCAGGGAUAUCCCCCGUUCUAGAAAAGGCGUGACUGGUCAGGGGGAUGAAGGGUAAAGGAGCUAAGGAUUGAAUGUUUCGAAGUGCUGAGGCCUUGAUACUGACUCACUUUCCUGUAUAAAGUACCUCCCUUGUUUUUCUGUUUCUAGCCUUCCUCUUCUGAAUCCUGCACUCCGCCAUGCAGCAGCAUCUGGUUCAACUUUAGGCAGAUGUUUAUAUUCCUGUCCAAGUACCCUUUUAUUACACUGGGAAUGGAAUUAGAUGUUUUGUUAGUCCGAACAGGGCAAAUAAUAAUGCCACAGCAAAGCUGUUGUUAUGCCCACUCGUAAAAUGUGUUGCUUUUUCAGAAAUGUACAUUUUAACAUCGUUAGUAUACUGUGUAUAAAA